GGUCAAACCCUCCGAGAGAAAAGCGGCAGAAAGAGCCGAGGAGUCCGCGACAAAACCUGCAGUAAAUACUUACUCAACAUGCUGGCGGUAAAUCCGCGCUAGUUUAUCAGAAAAUAGUUUACAAUACUGCGCUAUAGCCAAAAGACAUUAUUUUAAGAUUAACAUAAUUUUUAUAUUAACAUAAUUUGUAAAUUGUUUAAUUAGUCACUCAUUACAUAAUUUUGACCUUUUCAAGAUUUCAAGGAGUAACUCUUCUAAUGGAUUUUAACUUGCAUUUCUCGACUUAAACAUCCGUUGGGAGGGCGUUUGGGGAGGCGUGAAACCGAAGCGCACCGUCCUGUACAGCAUGGGGGCGUCCAGCGGCUGUCUCUGCGGGGUGCUGCUCAUCCUUGCCGUUUCGGGGGGCUUUUUUAUCCCAGCCGAAGCGGGAUGUGCGGACAGAUCGAGCCCCACUUGCUGCACAGGACGAAAUAACGAGUGCAGCGACUUUUCCAGGCAAAAAAGUGUCUGCUACUGUGAUACGUACUGCCAGAAAACCGGGGACUGCUGCGAGGACUACAAACGCGUGUGUCACAUAUCGGCUAUCGACUGUGUGCUGGGCCCGUGGGGGCAGUGGACACAGUGCAAUGCGCUGUGUGGAACAGGGAGCAUGGAGAGGACCCGGCAGGUGACCGUGCCCCCCCGAAAUGGGGGCACGCCAUGUCCAGACCUCAGACAGAGGAGGGGCUGCUUUGGGAAGAGUGAGCUGUGCCGCUCCUCUGAAGAGGUGGCCAGAAUUCUACCCGAUUCAUUCAAAAGGAACUUCAAGGACCCAUGGAGGCGGCCACACAUGCUCAUGAAAGAGGUCAAGCACAGCUACUGCGUGUGGCUGCGUAUCAGCCAGGCCAGCGCCGCCUGCCGCCGUGUCUCCUGGGCGGCCCAGCUGGUGACGGAGCGCUCCGUCUGCGCCGAGUGCCAGAGCGACGCCAUGGACUCCACGGGCCGCUGUGUGGGCGACGGUCUGGAGGCCACAAGAACCUUCUGGAUGGCAGUGACCGUUCCAGGCUGCCAUGGCUCCUGGGUGCGAGUGGCCUCCCCGUGGGGCUGUCCCUGCCCUCAGCACUCCAUGCUCUUCGUGUGACGCCUGGGAUGGAAGUCAGGGGGAAGCGAAUCCUGCCAGCUUCAGCCACGGGCACUGCGGCACGACGCGGCCAAGCGCUGUGCUUCCUGUAGGCCUACAUGUCUAUGCUGUAUCACAAAAGCAUCCUUACCAGUCAGGGCUGGACACACCUACUCUUAGGAGGGCUUUGCUUUACCUGUAACAUUUUAUUGAUUUUAGAUCAAAACUAUGAAAUAACAUGUAUGGAAUUAUCCAGUGAACAAAAGAAGUGUUGAGCGAGUCAAACUAAAAUCUAAUGUUCUAGAUUCUUCAAAGCAGCCCCCAGUUGCCUUGAGAGCACGCCCUUGGCGAUGUCUCGGCUAGUUUCAUGAGGUGGCCACCUGGGAUGUUCUUCCAACAGCCCUGAAGGAAUUCCCACAUAUGCUGAGCACUUGUUGGAUUCUUUCCCUUCGCUCUCUGGUCCAGCUCAUCUCAAGCCAGCUGUGUUGGGUUUUGGUCCUUCUUUGCCAAACAGCUCUAACACAAGCCUGGAGGGGUGUUUGGGGUCAUUGUCUUAUUGACAAACAAAUGACAGUAGGUAUGUCCAAACUUUUGACUGGUGCUGUAUGUACUGCCACAAACAUUAUGUAACCUGCAUCUUCCCUAAGCACAAAAUUGUUUAGCUGCCUUUUUACCUCUAAAAUCUUGCUAUCUACCUCCAUAAAUGCAGCUGUAUUUAAAUAUGCAUGUAUGUAUAAAUAUAUUUUGCUUUAUAUAUUUUCUUUUUUCAUCUUCAUAUUUGUAAGAAUGCUCCAGUGUUGAAUCAUCUUUCUUUCCAGAGGCUUUGGCUAACUUUGUAUGCAAAGCGGCACAUUCAGUUGUAAUUCACUAAGUACCUGUUUUCUUGUCUGACUGAUGCUCAGGCAUGAUAAUCAGGAGGUUUGCAGGAUAAAGGACAAACCCACCAUUAGGACAGGCGUUAGCUUGACCUGUAAUUAGAGGCUCUGAAGAACCAGAGUGCAACUUUGUAUUGAUCUUCUUUCUCUUCUGUUUUUAACCAUCUGUGCAGUAUUCGUGUUUACAGAGAAAGUGGUGAGGACACUGAAAUGACACGUUUGGACCAUGCAGAACUCCUGAGCCCUAAUGUUGUAAAAUCCCUGUUUCUGCCUCUUAGAAAACAGUGUUUUUAGGAAGCUGCCAAAGAGUGCUUAAAAUCCUAUCCUGUCCAUGUGCAUCAUUGCAAAAAAUUUCUGAGGUUAGUUUGUAAUACAGUAAAAUAAUGAAUCUUGGUGCAACUGUAAUUACCUAAAUUUCUGUCACAUCCAGCGCCAGGUAUAGAGCACAGUUUCAGUUUUGCAGAUUUUCUUGUAUCAUUCCUCUAUACCUGUUCGAGAUUUCUAGGUAUAACUGUAAAAAUUAAGCCGUGUUUUCUGCCAGUUUCAGCAGUUCACAUGUUGUGACAGAUUCCGUUGACAGAUUCAGGUAUGCUGAAGCAAUCCAAGCUACUUGGGGAAUUUAAAUUGUAUGUAUGGACUUCAUACGUAUGUCAGAAGAAUAAAAUUAUGACCAGUAUGGGUGAUUAUUGAAAUAUGUUACUGAAUCCUGUCACUGGUCAUAAAUCCUUGGACACCUGUUUGCUUCCUGGGCGAGUGUGAAUAGAAAACUAGGUGUAAGGCCAAUCACUUACAUAGCACAAGUCACCCAAAUAUAAUCAAAUAUCUCGGCUAAUAGCAAGACGGUGAUGGUACAUUACAUCAUAUUCCAUGGGAAACUCACCACCUCUCAUGUCAUACUGUUGUGCUUGACCCUUGUAAAUGUGACUCAUUGCAGUUAUUAGGUCUAGUGAGUGGGAGUCAGACCUGGGUUUACAGGGCUGCCUGAGAGUGCAUCACGUCCUCAUGUUAAUAAUGUGCCUUUGUGGGGGGGUGGCAAUCAGUCCACGACUGCGAGAUGCUGUGGUAUCGUGCCUCCCACUCGUUUUAGAUGCAUCUUUAGUGAUAUUAUUCUGCAGCCAGCACUGGCCAGAUUUAAUGUCACUCAUUUUUGAGGUCCCAUUUAUAUCACUUAAUAGUGCCUUCUAAGGGGAACUCUCACCUUUUCCUGCAUGAUGAGCAGGCUGCAUCUUCCCAUCCCUCCUGACACUCCUUGUGAACCCAUCUGCACUUUUUUCUCCUUGGAAUUCUGUUGCCUAGGUUUCAAACAGGAUCCAGAUGCUGCAGAUCCAGGUGUGGAAUUGUUGAUAUUUUACGACAUCUAUUUGAUCUAUUAACCUAAUGUCUCAAAAACAUGAUCUUUUGCCUGCCAAGUAACCGUUCAACAAAAUGCCCAUGAAUUUGGUUCUGAUUACCAUUAACCAUUCUGUUAGCGUUUUUGUUGUAUUUUUAUAAGUGUUAUUACCACUAUGGAUGUGUUGUUGUUUUAAUGGUGUUAACCUCUCUUGCUCCACUGUCUUCACUGGUUUUUGACUAUCAUUCUAUUGUAUGACUAAUAUUUUCCUUGCAGUUAAAAACUGGUCAGAUAAAUGAGAUAUGUUGCUAUGGUGACCAUUGUUCCUUCUGUUUUAAAUGUUUGAUCAUUCUAGACUUUAUUCCACAGAUAUUUAUAUAUUCAUAAAUGAAUGUACUGAAUGUAUGUAAACACUUUGUGGUAAUAGUGGAAAGUGUAUGGCUCAAGGCAUUUAUCCAGGUUUGUUCUCUAACAAACUAUUGGUUAAUGUUGUACUUCGAGUUAAAUUUCCAUUGAUUUCAAGGUUUAUAUCUUACAACAUUCCAUUAAAAAAAGUAUCCUCUUAAA